AUGAUAGUCUUCAGAAAACAUCCGACUUUGAGAAUGAUAAUAUUUUGCGAAAUUCAUAUAACAUUAGCUAUAAAAGAAAAAGAUAGCGGAGCAAUGGGCAUCAGCCCGAAUCCUUUACAACAAAGAACACCUUCGCCCCCUGAUUUGAAACCAGUAACAGCACCGCCUCCAGGAUCCCAAAUGUUACACGUACGACCUCCAUCUUCGCUUCUACCACCCUCAUCGUUGUCAAUUACGGCGAUGGUGGGUACACCCCCAAUUCUGAGUCAACAAGGCCCCCAUCAAACGACAAGCAUCAGUCCGGGCCCCAAUAAUAGAUCUCCGAGUCCCACCCCUAGUGAUGAUGAUGAUCCGACUGCUCCAAGAAGGAAACAGAGAAGAUAUAGAACUACUUUUACCAGUUUGCAGUUGGAGGAGCUGGAGAGGGCGUUUUCCAGGACACAUUAUCCUGAUAGUUUGAGAUUCUCAUUGUGCGCGGAUAUUUCGAGUCCGUCAGCAGCUGACGGCAGCUGA